CAGAUCUGUGGCGAAGGUGAUUUAAUCUCUCACGCCUCAUUACGGAGGGAGUCGCCCGUGCGCGCGCUCGCGUCGCUUUGCGCACACAGACCGCGAGCGCAUCUGCACGCGGGAGGAGACGCUCGUGCGCUGGAGAAAAAUCCCGUGUGGGUGGAUGAUAAAAAGACAAACAGCCUGGAAGAGGAGAAGAGAGGGAAUCUGGAUUUAUGCGCACCGCGGACAGCGCACGACAUGGCCACUGCAUAGGAACCGAACGCCGCUGCUGCAGAGUCAAAGAUAAAGAGAAGAUACAACAGAAGAAGCUAUGAUGGCAGUCGAGGAGAAACCUCCUGUGAAGGGCAGUACCUCCAUUUUACCAUGUUUCCUGUUUGUAGAGCUGGUGAUAAUGGCAGGCACCGUUCUCCUGGCGUACUACUUCGAGUACACCGACACGUUUCCCGUUCACGUCCAGGGAUUCUUCUGCUUUGAUAAGGCGUUCUCCAAACCCUACCCCGGACCGGAUGAGACCAGUAACGUGCCACCGGUGCUGGUGUACUCUCUGGUCACCGCUGUACCUACAGUAACGAUUCUGGCCGGAGAACUGAUGGUGUUUUUCAUGAGGUCAGAGGUCACACAGGAGAAGACCAUAGUCACCGCAGACUGCUGUUACUUCAGUCCACUUCUCAGACGCAUCAUACGCUUCUUAGGUGUCUAUACCUUUGGCCUGUUCACCACCACCAUCUUUGCCAAUGCCGGUCAGGUGGUGACGGGAAAUCAGACGCCUCACUUCCUGUCAGCAUGCAGGCCAAAUUACACAGCACUGGGCUGCCAUACAAAUUUACAGUACAUCACCGAGCGUAAAGCAUGCACGGGAAAUCCUCUGCUCGUGACGUCAGCACGCAAGUCUUUCCCAUCUAAAGAUGCAGCCAUCAGUGUUUAUUCUGCGGUCUAUACAGUGAUGUAUGUAACAUUGGUGUUCAAAACUAAAGGGACGCGUUUGACCAAACCCACAAUCAGUUUGACCCUGCUGUGUCUGGCCAUGUUAGUGGGUGUGGUCAGAGUGGCCGAAUAUCGCAACCACUGGGCCGAUGUCCUGGCUGGAUAUUUCACCGGUGGAGCCAUCGCUGUCUUCCUGGUGACGUGCGUGAUCAACAACUUUCAGCAGAUAAAACCUCCAGCCCCGCCGGCUCGACCCCAACGUCCCGAGUCUGUGCUGGGCAUGCCCAUGGUGGCGCUGCCCUGCGUUGAGAGUCCACUAGAAAAGUUAAGUGGCACUCAGACUCCAAGGGGAUCUUCAUUCACUGAGAUCACAUGACCAUCAGCCUUAUCGGUUCCCCGUCCCCCCCGAUGUCCUCAUACCGUCUCGCUCCAUGUCCAGCGAAGUCUAGACCGGCCGUCUCAGCACGCGCGCCACUGCGCCGCUCACUCCGCCGGACGCACCGCCGCUCUGCACCGAUCCUACUCGACGCAGGUCUAGAUUUCCACCCUUUCCAACCUUCAUUCCAACCUUUCCAACCAUAAUCCUCCAUGAUGCAGAUAGGGCCUCCUCAAACAAACCAUUCAGUUUUAGAAAGCCUGGUCAAGGAUCUCAAAUCGCGCCUGUCAGGCGAGGUGUGCAUUUGUUUGGACUGUGAGUGGAGGAUGUGCACCUUUAAAUGCCUCUGGACCUUUCAAAACCAACCCGUCCUAUUCCCCGGGGAACCGAAUGACGUCUUGCACAGCUUGGCGCUGAAACGCAGAACUCUCAAGAGACUGCAGUUUUCAGUUCAGUGUCAGGUAUCUCAGUUCAUAUGUAUAUAGAUGAACUUUCCUUUUUUUAUCGCAUUGGAAUUUUUAAGCUAGUUUAUGGCUUUUCAGAGUAUUUGUGAUUUGGGUUGUCUCGCUUUCCCUGCACCGAAGAAGACAAUCUCACGUGGUCCAACGCACUGACGUCAAGAUGUUCCUUUCUGCGGACAUCAAAAACUUUAUGUGAAGACCUCUAAAGUGACAGCCGCUCUUGAAUCCAACUUGCUUCGAAAAGAAAGCUGAAUGCUUUGAGACAAACGGACACCGACAGACUUGUGACAACAAUCACAGCAUCUUUUCUAAUAUUUCAUGUGCGCUUUGUGCCGACUUGUGAUUUUCCAGCGGUCAAAUGUGAUGCACGGUGAUAAGAUUGUGAUGUUGUGGCUUUUUCAUGAAUGUUUAAUCCCUCACACAACAGACGUGUGACAUUCCCAAGCCUCAUUUUAAAUACACCGGAUGUGCACGGGAUCCUGGGAUGUGCACGAACAGAUAAAAUUUCACCUAAUACAAACCUAAUCACUGCCUUUUCUCAUCAUUUUAGGCAAACUAAAAGAACCAAUACACCCAUAUCUAAAUUAGCCUUUACAGUCUAGAAUUAAAGGUGGAUUUGUUUUUUCAUAAAUUAAAAAGAUAUGGUCAAAAUAUGUACUCUUGCUGUCACUGGGGCGGUACACUUUAAAAAAAAGUACAGAUAUUAGUACCUCAGAGGUGCAUAUAUUGGUACAAAAUGUAUACAUAUCUGUACCUAAUGGUACAUAUUAAAAUAUAUUUAAUGGGUACUGCGCCAGUGACAGCUGGGGUACAUCUUUUGACCAUUUUUUGCUCAGUGUGGAGAGCAAAAUGAGACUGCCACCAUGUGUAACAUCUGUAUUGGUGUCUAUUUGCACUGGUAAGUACAUUGAAUUCCAUUGAAUCGAGUCUUGUAUAUUGAUGAACUUUUUCACAUUUGUAUCACUGUGCUUUAUGAAUUAAGUGUCGUUUUAUAUUUAUGAUGUCAUGACAGGACCUUGUUCCAAAUAGUGCAGGACACCUUGCAAUACAACAAAAACUAAUUUGAGUUAACAAAAUCAAACAUGUAUUUAUUUUGUUAAUAUAUGUUCCUGUCCUUAUUGUGAAAA